CUAACCCUCACAGUGGAUGGCAUGGGGCAGUCAAUCGAGCGGAUGGACUGGACGCUGCAACGCCAACACCAUGACAUGACGGCGUUCUUCCGCGGCAUCAACUACGUCCCGCCGCCCUUUGACAGCACCUUCCUCGGCCAAAACUAUGAAGGCGAGGACGAGGAGGAUAACUCCUAUGCUCCAUCCUCCUCCCCCGACAAGGCCGACUUUGAGGACGCGGUCGACGGGGAUCCCAUGGACGUUGAGGACGACGAAGAAGACGAUGACGCCGAGGACGAAGACGCCGCUGCCUAAACUCUUCUUUCUUUUCCUUCCUUCCUAUGAUUGUUUUUUUAUUAUUAUUUCCAUUCCGUUGUAUUCCGCAUUUUCUCCUUUUUUCAUGAAUAAAAGUUUACUUUUAUACUCCAAAAUUCACUUUUAAUUCUUUUUGUUAAUGUCAAAAGGGGGAAGAUAUCAAGGUAUGCAUAAAUUGAGGGGGAAUUA